UUAUUUUGUGUUAGGCAACAGCGGCUCAGUUUUCCAAAAUUCGCAAGUCAAUGGUGUUUGGAGUGAAGUUGACAAAUAAGUAGAAAUUAUCAACCUUUCAAUAAAUUUUGUAAGGUCAGCUCAUCAAAAACACUGAAGAUGAAUAUAACAUCUGCUGGUGGCAUACUUGCUCUUCUUGAUGAAAAUCAAGCAGAAGUACAUGAUUUUGCUUUGAAGAAGCUUAAUAGUAUAGUUGAUGUCUUUUGGCCAGAGAUAUCAGAAGCAAUUCAAAAAAUAGAAGUGUUAUAUGAAGAUGAAGUAUUCAGCAGCCGUCGGCUUGCAGCUCUUGUUGCUUCAAAGGUUUAUUAUCAUUUAGGCUCAUUUGAAGAUUCUCUUACCUAUGCUUUAGGAGCUGGGGAGCUAUUUGAUGUAAACCAUUCUUCAGAAUAUGUAGAAACAAUAAUUUCUAAAUGCAUUGAUCAUUAUACGAAACUCAGAGUUCACAAUGCAGAAAGCAGUGAAAGGAAAGUUAUUGAUGCACGCCUAGAAUCCAUUGUUAAUCGCAUGUUUCAACGAUGUUUCCAAGACGGGCAAUACAAACAGGCUGUUGGCAUUGCCUUGGAAACACGCCGUAUGGACAUCUUCGAAUCAGCUAUUAUGCAGUCUGAUGAUGUCGUAGGUAUGUUAUCUUAUAGUUUCAAAGUAACAAUGUCAUUGAUUCAAAAUCGGAUGUACAGAAAUCUCGUUCUACAGACAUUAGUCAGCCUAUAUAGAAAUUUGGAAACACCUGAUUAUGUUAACAUGUGUCAAUGCCUGAUAUUUAUUGAUGAUGCUCAAGCAGUUGCAGAUGUCCUGGAAAAGCUAUGUAAAGGAAAUGAGGAAUCGUCAUUAAUGGCAUUUCAAAUUGCCUUUGAUUUGUAUGAAAGUGCAACUCAACAGUUUUUAGGACGUGUCUUACAAGCAUUAAAAGCCACUGCACCAAUUCCCUCCAACUUGAUAUCGAUACUCUCAAAACCUGAAGAGAAGUCAGAAGGGGAAAAUAUGGAAACAGAUGCGCCUCCUAAAGAGACUCCUCCAGCACAGCCUAAAAUGGAAGAUUUGAAUGAGGAGCAAAAGUGCCAUCAAGAACGAAUUGAAAAACUGGCCACAAUGUUUAUGAACAAUUAAAGUUCAAUUUAUAUCAAGACGAUGCAGUUACAGGCGAGGCAGCAGGUGUUGCUAUGGGUCUAGUUAUGCUUGGUUCAAAGUCUGCUACAGCUAUUGAAGAUAUGGUUGCUUAUGCUCAAGAAACACAACAUGAAAAGAUCCUCAGAGGUCUAGCAUUGGGUAUUUCUUUGACAAUGUACGGUCGAUUGGAAGAAGCUGACACUUUAAUUGAAAGUUUGUGUAGGGAUAAAGAUCCUCUCCUUAGAAGAUCUGGAAUGCACACUGUGGCAAUGGCAUAUUGUGGCACAGGAAAUAAUAAAGCCAUUCGCAGACUUCUUCAUGUUGCUGUAAGUGAUGUCAAUGAUGAUGUGAGAAGAGCUGCAGUUGAAGCACUAGGAUUUAUUUUAUUUAGAACUCCUGAACAGUGUCCGAGCGUAGUGUCUUUGCUUUCAGAGAGUUACAAUCCACAUGUCCGAUAUGGUGCUGCCUUAGCUCUAGGAAUCUCAUGUGCUGGAACCGGAAAUAAGGAAGCUAUAUCGCUGUUAGAACCUAUGACAAAUGAUCCAGUUAAUUAUGUCAGACAAGGUGCUCUAAUAUCCUCAGCUCUGAUUUUAAUUCAACAAACUGAACAAACAUGUCCAAAGAUAAAAGACUUCCGGCAACUGUACAGCAAAGUUAUUAGUGACAAGCAUGAUGAUGUCAUGGCUAAAUUUGGUGCUAUAUUAGCUCAAGGAAUUAUUGAUGCAGGGGGUCGAAAUGUCACCAUUUCCUUGCAGUCAAGGACAGGACACACAAAUAUGGCUGCUGUUGUUGGAAUGUUAGUUUUUGCACAGUUUUGGUACUGGUUUUCCCUCUCACAUUUCUUAUCACUGGCAUUUACGCCUACUGCAAUUAUUGGUCUUAAUUUAGAUCUAAAAAUGCCUAAAAUGGAAUUUCGAUCGAACGCGAAACCUUCCAUGUAUGCCUACCCCCCACCCUUGGAGGAAAAGAAAGAAAAGGAGAGAGAAAAAGUUACUACAGCUGUAUUGUCUAUUACAGCCAAAGCUCGAAAGAAGGAAGUUGAGAAAAAAGAAAGAGAAGAAAAAAUGGAUGUUGAUGAGGAUAAUAAAAAAGAAGAAUCUACUUCAAAAGACGUUAAAGAAAGUACAAGUACAAAAGAAGUUUCAAAAGAUAAAAAAGAAGAUACAAGUAAAGAGGUGGUGGUAGAAGAUAAAAAAGAAGAAAAAAAAGAAGUGGAGGCCUUAUAUGAAACUCUUACUAAUCCUGCUAGAGUCAUGAGACAACAGCUCAAAGUUCUCCAAAAUCCUGAAAGCUCCAGAUAUCAACCAUUAAAAGAAAUUACUAUUGGUGGUAUAAUUAUGAUGAAAGAUAAUAAAAGUGAUGAUCCGGUAGAGUUAGUUGAACCUGUUGCAGCUGGCGGACCCAAGGUAGAAGACGAAGAUGAACCUGAACCACCAGAAGAUUUUGAAUACUUAGAUGAAUAAUGUAUAACUUGUAUAGACUUUAUUUAUCAUAUGAAAUUCAAUUUUUAUAUAAGAAGCUUUCAAAUAAGGAAAUGUCUUUCAUCAAACUGUAAAUGCAUUUCUCGUACACCUUACCACAGAAUUCAAGUUUUUUCUCAUUAUUAUUAAGAUUAAAGAGUUUUUUUCUCUUUUGGCGUGGUUGUUGUCCUUCAAGGAGCUUAUAGCUAGUAUGUUUCUAACAUAAUAAAAUUAUUAACAUCUA